CUCGCAGCAUCAGGACCGAAGGAGAAGGAUAAGGAGAAGGAGAAGGAGAAGAAUAAGGAGAAGGAGCAGGAGAAGGAGAUGAAGAUGGAGAUGUCUUCUCCUCCACUGAGGAACGUCUCCAAAAUGUUUUCUCUCCAGCUGAAGUGAGCCAGCAGGACACCGGAGGAGGAUUUCAUGUUCCCAGACGACAUGGGCGAUGCGUUCAAGGACCAAUAAUCCAAUCUGAAUCCAGGAGACUGGGACAGUGGAUUGUAGCAGCAGCACACCUCAUGCUUUAAGAGGCGUUGAUGCGCGGGGAGGAAGUGCAGGAUGAGUGAGGGAUACGCCAGCAGAGGCUUUUUACUCGCCAUGGUGCUCGCCAUCAGCCUCUGCGAUAUGUCUGAGGGCGCCACAGCACCGCAGCACGUUCCCACGGGCACCUGCGAGGUGGUGGCGCUGCACCGCUGCUGCAACCGGAACAAGAUCGAGGAGCGCUCGCAGACCGUCAAGUGCUCCUGUUUCCCGGGACAAGUGGCCGGCACCACCAGGGCGGCGCCUUCCUGUGUCGACGCCUCCAUCGUGGCCCAGAAGUGGUGGUGUCAGAUGCAGCCGUGCCUCCACGGAGAAGAAUGCAAAGUUCUCCCCGACCUGAAGGGCUGGAGCUGCGCCACGGGCAACAAGAUCAAGACCACCAAGAUUUCUGCAGAUCGGGAGCAACUUUGGUAACAUCACGUCCUUCACGGGGGAGUACAGGUGAUUCCAAGAGAGAAGAGGACUUUCCUGUAAAUAUAGAGACUUCUUUUCUUCUGGACUGCAACACACCCCAGAUCCUUGGACAUAGACCACGCUCCUUCUUCUGGACACCCGUCCGUCUUCACGCCGGAACUUUGCCGCCGC